AUGGCUGGUGCAUUAUUCUUUACUGAGUCCUAUUCCUCCAUCCAAAUCAACAAACAUUCCACAGCCGCGAUGCGAGAAGUAGGCAAAUCUCCGUUCAUGGCCUUGCCGACCGAACUGCGCUGUCAAACAUACAGUUAUUUGCAGGAAAUCGUCUACGAGCCCAUUUUCCCCGGGCCCUGCAUGUGCAAGUGGGACAUAUGCCGAAUGCCAACCGCACUACUGCAACUUAACAAGACCAUCUACGAAGAGCUGGAGCACCCCUCGAUGCAGAAGUUAUUGCAAAAGGCCAACAAUCAGCUUCUACCCAAAAUUGUUCUCUACCCGACGCGCAAUGAGAUGGACGCUGCAUACUUGGCGCUCGCACAUGCGCUCCAUCAAGUCAACAUACGCUUCUAUCGGCAUUUCGCAGCCUUCGCUACCUGGGCUGGGUGUAAGACCGAGCGUUUCGGCAGGUUUGUGAGGCAGACUUUGGAGAGGAUGGCGAUCAGGAGAACGUGCGAGAUUCGCUUUCGGAUCUUGGCACACCCAUUGGAAGUUUCUGGGCGAGGCGAUGAGUCUGGAGACUUGAUGGCAUACUACGCAACCUGCGGCUCAAUAGCAGCGCUAUUAGGUGCAUGCAGAGUGCAGGGAGUGCGGGGGGCGCUGGGUGGCCAGAAGGAUGACGAAUUUACGUAUCUCUUAAGUGCGUACAAGAGAGAGAUCGUGGCUUGUUUGCUAUGGUUGGCUUGCUCUGAUGAGUGUUUGCGCGAGCGAAUUCAUCUGUACCUAGUCUACUUCAGUAAUAGUAGCAAUCCUUUAUUGGCUGCCCAUGUGAUGGUCUCGAUAAUGGUGAGCCAUGUGUAG